GAAAAAUUUAUUACUGACCAAAAGAAAAGAACCCAUCGGAUUGGCCGUGCCAUUAUUAAAGAAAUCCGGGGGGGAACUGAAGAACAUCCAGAAGGACUAGGCACCCAAGCCAUUAAAUUAUUAUUUGAACUAGUACCUGAAUUUAGUAAAAUAACUAAAAUUGAUAUUAAAUCUUGUUAUGCUAAUAUUAUGAGGGAUUAUCCUUUGCCGUGUGGCAGUCCGGAGUUAGUAACUGAUCCGCAGGUGAUAGGGCAAAAAUUAAAAGAGGGCAAAGAGGGAUUUGUGAGUUUCUAUGCUCGACAAGAUGCGGUGAUAAAAAAUAAUCAAAUUCCUUUUUUACCUGAUAGCGAUGAUGGAAAAGUAAGAACCAAAUUAAGACCUUACCAUUUUUUACAUACUAAAUUAUUAAAAGUUUUUAAUCACCAAUAUGAUAAAUUUCUUAAUUAUUGUAAAGAAAUAAAAAAAGUUGAUGAGAAAAAGGGCAAGAUGUUGAUUAAUAGUCUAAAUGGAUAUUUGGGUAAAAAUAAUUUUGGCGGUUAUCAUUAUCAUCCUUUCAACUUAGCAGUAAUUAAUUUGGCUAUUUUAAAGGCCUACUAUCUUUAUCGACAAUUCCUGCCUCAAAAUGUCUUGGCCAUUAGGAGUGAUUGUAUUUAUGUGAAAGGGGAAUUGCCCGAAAAGAUCUUAAAACAGGCAGAUAAACAUCAUAUUACUAAGUAUCAGCAAGUAACCUUUUUUGGGGAAGAAAAUAUUUUUAUUCAUGAUACUCAGGAAUUGAAAGCCCGUCUUGUUAAUGACCCAUCUGCUCGGGAAAAACUAAUUUGGAAAGUAAAAACCAUCCUCCAAGGAUUAGACCAAGAACUAAAAAACUCUUGCCAAAAAGCCGGUUGUCCGCCUACUUGUCGGCAGAUACCUACUUUACCUCAAAGAGUUUUAACUCAGUUAAAAAUUAUGGAAAAUCAAGAUGAUUGA